AUGGCGGACGAAAAGAAACCAUGGUUAGGUAGGGAGACCUGGCCAACCGUAUGGAUAUGGAUAUGUUUCCUAUUCAACCUAGUGGGUAUAUUAGCUUUGAUCAUCUUGAUCGUAGCUGAAGUAUUCAUCAUCGUAGCCAAUUUCCAUAAUUACGUGGCUCAGUAUGGACAUCAUUAUCCCGCUAGAGGGUAUCAAGGUGGUGAUGGAGUAGGUUACGUGGACUGGACUAACGCACCAAAACAUAUGGGAUCAGCUGUAUGGAUGAUCUUAUAUCAACUAUCGAUAAUCGUCUUGAUCACUCUGACCAUCGCCUCUGAUCUAGCUUGGCGAGCAAGCUCGUACAAUGCAUGGGGUGGACGAUGGAUUGAAUCUUUCUACGCUACUGGUCUGAUGUCAGGACCUAAUCACCCCAAUAUGAUGUACUACGUCGCUGCCAACGCUUUCUUCAAGCUUUUCAUCGUUAUACUGUACAUGUCUCAGUCGUUCUACGGUAUGGAAGGUACCACCUCUCACAAGUCACCAUAUGCCGGCAAGGAUCAUUCCAGCCCAACAUAUUAUUACGAUGAUGAUAACGGCGGAGGAGGAUACAAUGGUGAUUACCAUGGUGGUAAUGAUUGGAGAAGGAAUAACGAUUCAAGUAGACCACCUUGGAGGAUAUACGGUACAGAAGCUUUCGUUUAUUACAUGGGCUGGAUAGUCCUCUUCUCAAUUUUACCUAGCAUGAUAGCUUUCUUGUACUUGACUAAUUGGGGUAAAGAGAAAGCUGAAGCUGCUAAGAGUGCUGAUGCCGAGAAAAAAGGUGAGGAGAAGAAGUAG